UCAUACAUAUACUGUAACCAAAGUCAAGUCGGUAGAACUAGAACAACCAACCUUCAAAAACAAAAGAAAUGGAGGAGUUCUCUGUUCUUCUCCUCAGAAUAUUGCCUUCUCUUGCUCUUCUUGGACUAGUUUUCUGCAUCUUUCAUCUCUACAGAACAGUUUUGCUUAGGUCUUACACAGUCAAGAGAAAGCUCCACAUGCAAGGUAUUAAAGGCCCUUCUCCUUUUUUUCUUUAUGGGAAUCUCCCUGAGAUGCAGCAACUCCAGUUGAAAGCAAGGAAACAGGUUUUCCCAACUCAUGCUCAGAUUGUAGCUCAGGACUACACUUCCAUUGUUUUCCCCUACUUCGAUCAUUGGAGAAAAGAAUACGGUCCAAUAUACACAUAUUCAACAGGGUUUAAGCAACAUUUGUACGUUACAGACCCUGAAUUUGUGAAGGAAAUGAACCAUUUUAAUACUCUGGACUUAGGCAAGCCUCAUUAUGUGACUAAGAGAUUUGCACCCAUGUUCGGCAAUGGCAUUAUGAGGUCUAAUGGUCACUUUUGGGCUCUGCAACGCAAAAUUGUAGCACCAGAGUUUUUCAUGGUCAAGGUCAAGAGCAUGGUGGGGCUAAUGGUGGACUCAACCCAACCAUUGCUAAGAGAGUGGGAGCAGCGGAUUGAAAUCCAAGGUGGUCUCCAAGCAGAAAUUACAGUUGAUGAUGAUUUGAAGGGCCUGUCAGCUAAUGUCAUUGCAAAAGCUUGUUUUGGGAGUUCUUAUUUCAAAGGGAAUGAGAUUUUCUGCAAGCUUAGAACUCUCCAUAAGGCCCUUACCCAGAAAGCCACCCCAUUUGGAUUCACAAGUUUUCGCAAGAAUUAUAAAGAGAUCAGCAGGUUGGAAAGAGAGAUAGAGUCUUUAAUCUGGGAAACAGUUAAAGAACGCCAAAAGCAAAGCUCAAUUAAGAAGGACUUAAUGCAGCUAAUACUUGAAGAAGCUGUCAAUAAUACUAUCGCAGGGAAGCUUUCACCAAAGAAAUUUUUAGUUGAUAAUUGCAAGAGCUUAUACUUUGCAGGACAUGACACAACUGCUAUUUCUGCUACUUGGUGUUUGAUGCUCCUUGCUUUACAUCCAGAGUGGCAAUCUAAAAUCCGAGCAGAGGUCACUCAAAUUUGCAACGGUGGAUCAGUACAUGCAAAUUCACUAUCAAACUUGAAGACGGUCACUAUGGUGAUUCAAGAGGCUAUGAGGCUAUUCCCACCAUCAGGGUUUGUACUAAGGGAAGCACUUGAAGAAGUACAAAUUGGAAACAUUACAAUUCCAAAGGGAGUGUGCACAUGGACUUUGAUUUCAACCUUGCACAGGGAUCCUACCAUUUGGGGACCAGAUGCCAACAAGUUCAGACCUGAAAGGUUCGCUGAUGGGGUCUCUAAAGCUUGCAAAUUUCCCCAAGCUUAUAUCCCAUUUGGACUGGGUACUCGUCUUUGUGUUGGCAGAAACUUUGCCAUGGUGGAACUGAAAAUUAUUAUCUCCUCCAUUGUCUCAAAGUUCAGAUUCUCCUUAUCUCCCAAUUACGUGCAUUCUCCUGUUUUUAGAAUGCUUGUGGAACCUGAACAUGGUUUACAACUUCUAAUCCAAAAAGUUUAAGGGACUACCAAAAAAAAUUCAUAUGCUAGUCUAGCUCAGCUCAUGCUGUAGUUAUGUUUGUCCAUUGAACAGUUUGCCAGUACAAUAGUAAUACUAUUAUUACUUUAAAUAAUCUAUCAUAUUCCUGACAAGCAAAUUCCAAACU